AUGUUCCGACCGGCCGCCACGACAGUAUUGCGCUCCGCGGCACAAUCCUCGUUUGCACCAGCGCGGACGACAGCUGGGAAACGGUUUGCUAGCACAUCGCGUGUCAAUGCACGACGGAGUUGGAAGAGCAGUGCUCUAAGAUGGGGUGUUGCCAUUGCCGGCAUUUACUACUACAACACCAGUCCUGUCUUUGCGGAGCAACCGCAGCACAACCUACUGAAUCCCAACCUCGAAGCCCUCGAUGACUCCGUCGAAACCACCUCUUUGGAAGAACUGACUUCGCGCCGGGCGCGACAAGCAGAAAGAAACACCUCGGUGCUGAAAUCGGCUGCGGAAACAGUAUCCUCUGAGAACGCUUCUACCUCAGUAUCUGCCCAGCAAGAGUCACAUGAACAUGCUGCAUCUCCUCAAGAGCUCGAAGAAGAGGCGGCCAGUGAAGGCGCCUUCAACCCAGAAACCGGCGAAAUAAAUUGGGACUGCCCUUGUCUUGGUGGAAUGGCCCAUGGGCCCUGUGGGACGGAGUUCAGGGAGGCAUUCUCGUGUUUCGUGUUCUCCAAUGAGGAGCCCAAGGGCAUGGACUGUAUCGAUAAAUUCCAGGGCAUGCAACAAUGUUUCCAACGACAUCCGGAAGUUUACAAGGGCGAGUUGGAGGACGACGCGGAGCUUGACGCCGAAUUGGAGGCAGAGAGACAGGAGCUAGUCGGUCAGAUUGCAGAGAGAAAAGCGGCAGACCAGCAACAAUCAGCACCGCAGCACAGAUUAUUAGAGGAACCAGAGCCAGCCACGUCUCGACCCUCGAAAUCGUCCAAGAAACCAGCUCCGAAGUCAGAAGAAAAGCCCGCAAGACCUCAAGAAAAGCAGGUUCAGGGCAAGACCGAAACUCAGCAUGUCGCGAGUAGCAAGCCGCCCCAGGAAGAAGCAAAAGUAAAGGUGCACGAUGAUGAGACGUUGUCGCCCGAGCGAGAGAACAUAACUGAGGGCCAGAAAUCGAAACCUAUCUCAGAACCCCAGGACAAAUCCGUGGACAAAGCUGCCACUCCGACAACGGAAGUCCUCCCAGCAGCGGCUCAUGACGCCCGUGGACAGACUGGAGUGGUCAAUCGUGACACCGAAGACAAAACACUCUAA